GGCAGUACAUUGAGCUCCAUAGAGACAGCGCCGGGGCAAGUGAGAGCCGGACGGGCACUGGGCGACUCUGUACCUCGCUGAGGAAAAAUAACUAAACAUGGGCAAAGGAGAUCCUAAGAAGCCGAGAGGCAAAAUGUCAUCAUAUGCAUUUUUUGUGCAAACUUGUCGGGAGGAGCAUAAGAAGAAGCACCCAGAUGCUUCAGUCAACUUCUCAGAGUUUUCUAAGAAGUGCUCAGAGAGGUGGAAGACCAUGUCUGCUAAAGAGAAAGGAAAAUUUGAAGAUAUGGCAAAGGCGGACAAGGCCCGUUAUGAAAGAGAAAUGAAAACCUAUAUCCCUCCCAAAGAGGAGACAAAAAAGAAGUUCAAGGAUCCCAAUGCACCCAAGAGGCCUCCUUCGGCCUUCUUCCUCUUCUGCUCUGAGUAUCGCCCAAAAAUCAAAGGAGAACAUCCUGGCCUGUCCGUUGGUGAUGUUGCGAAGAAACUGGGAGAGAUGUGGAAUAACGCUGCUGCAGAUGACAAGCAGCCUUAUGAAAAGAAGGCUGCGAAGCUGAAGGAAAAAUACGAAAAGGAUAUUGCUGCGUAUCGAGCUAAAGGAAAGCCUGAUGCAGCAAAAAAGGGAGUUGUCAAGGCUGAAAAAAGCAAGAAAAAGAAGGAAGAGGAGGAAGAUGAGGAAGAUGAAGAGGAUGAGGAGGAGGAGGAAGAUGAAGAAGAAGAUGAUGAUGAUGAAUAAGUUGGUUCUAGCGCAGUAUUUUUUCUUGCCUAUAAAGCAUUUAACCCCCCUGUACACAACUCACUCUUUUUAAAGAAAAAAAUUGAAAUGUAAGGCGGUGUAAGAUUUGUUUUUAAACUGUACAGUGUCUUUUUUUGUAUAGUUAACACACUACCGAAUGUGUCUUUAGAUAGCCCUGUCCUGGUGGUAUUUUCAAUAGCCACUAACCUUGCCUGGUACAGUAUGGGGGUUGUAAAUUGGCAUGGAAAUUUAAAGCAGGUUCUUGUUGGUGCACAGCACAAAUUAGUUAUAUAUGGGGAUGGUAGUUUUUUCAUCUUCAGUUGUCUCUGAUGCAGCUUAUACGAAAUAAUUGUUGUUCUGUUAACUGAAUACCACUCUGUAAUUGCAAAAAAAAAAAAAGUUGCAGCUGUUUUGUUGACAUUCUGAAUGCUUCUAAGUAAAUACAAUUUUUUUUAUUAAAAAAAAAAGAA